UUUCCAUCAGUGAACGAGUUAAAAAAAAAAGAGGCGCUGAACAAGCACCCAGGCUUUUUUUUUGUUUCUCACCAACCGUUUUACCAUGUCUCACAGCAAAUAUCAAUCGCCAUUGACGUCCCGUUAUGCGUCCAAGGAGAUGGCUUAUAACUUCUCCGAGGAUAAGCGUUACUCCACCUGGCGCCAGCUCUGGUUGAACUUGGCUAUUGCUGAACAACGUCUUGGUUUGACCGAUAUCACCGACGAAGCUAUCGAGCAAAUGCGCGCCAACAUUGAUAACAUCGACUAUGAAGUCGCUGCGGCCGAGGAAAAGAAGCGUCGUCACGAUGUUAUGGCCCAUGUCCACGCUUUUGGUCUUGUUGCUCCCAAGGCUGCUGGUAUUAUCCAUCUUGGUGCCACCUCUUGCUACGUUACUGACAAUGGUGAUUUGAUUAUCCUUCGCGAUGCGUACGAUAUUGUCAUCAAGAAGCUUGUUCAUGUCAUUGAUAUUUUGAGCAAGUUCGCUAAAGAAUAUCGUGAUCUGCCUACUUUGGGCUUUACUCAUUUCCAACCCGCCCAGCUCGUCACAGUUGGCAAGCGUGCCACUUUGUGGAUCCAAGAAUUGCUUUGGGAUUUGCGCAACUUUGAGCGUGCCCGUGACGAUUUGAAGAUGCGCGGUGUCAAGGGUACCACCGGUACCCAGGCGUCGUUCAUGGCCUUGUUCAACGGCGAUCAUUCCAAGGUCGAGGAAUUGGAUCAAUUGGUCACCGAGCUCUCUGGUUUCAAAGAAGCGUAUCCUGUGUGUGGACAAACCUAUUCUCGCAAGAUCGACAUUGAUGUCUUGCAUCCUUUAGCCGGCUUUGGUGCCACUUGUCACAAGAUGGCCACGGAUAUUCGUUUGUUGGCGAAUUUGAAGGAAAUUGAAGAGCCUUUUGAGAAGGACCAGAUCGGUUCAUCUGCCAUGGCCUACAAGCGUAACCCCAUGCGUAGUGAGCGUGUGUGCUCCUUAUCGCGUCAUUUGAUGGUGUUGGUCAACGAUGCUUUGCAGACCAGCGCCGUCCAGUGGUUGGAGCGUACAUUGGAUGACAGUGCCAUUCGCCGUAUCUCUCUUCCCGAAGCUUUCUUGACCACCGAUAUCUUGUUGACCACCCUUCAGAACAUCUGCGAAGGUAUGGUCGUAUAUCCCAAGGUCAUUGCCCGUCGUAUUUCGCAAGAACUUCCCUUCAUGGCUACUGAAAACAUCAUCAUGGCCAUGGUCAAGAAGGGUGGUGAUCGUCAAGAAUGCCACGAAGAAAUCCGUGUCUUGUCCCAUCAAGCCGCGCACGUCGUCAAGAUGGAAGGUGGUGAAAACGAUCUCAUUGAACGUGUGAAGAAGACCGAAUACUUCAAGCCGAUCUGGGAAGAGCUUCCUGCUUUGCUUGAUCCCAGUACUUUCAUUGGCCGUGCUCCCGAGCAGGUCGAUUCCUUCAUCGAAAAACAUGUGCAACCUGCUCUCGCUCCCUAUGCCGAUGUCCUCAAAGACAAGGUCAAGGCUGAAUUAUCCGUAUAGAUGUCGUCUACAACUUCAUUUUUACUUUUUUACAUACAAUGCUUUCCAAUAAAUACACAAGUUAUGAAAUCACAGC